UAUUGCUGACUUCUCUUCAUCCGAAAUGUUUUGAAUUUUUGCAUGCGCGUAUUUUUUCUUGUUGCUUACUACCGGUGCCAUUAAUCCUCGUUCUAACCCUGUUCUUUUUAAUUUUUCUUAUUUAUAAUUUUUAUAUUUUGCGCUUGAGUCCGCCUGCUUGCACGGAUUGCACGCAUUUCAACCGAAAAUGUCUGCAGCGAUUUUGUCGAUGCCUCCGCUGAAGAGCACACCCGGUUGUCGCGCCCGCGACGACACGAUGCAUGCCAAGAAGCCUUCCUUCCGCUGGCUGGCACCCAGCAAGAAGGAUAAACAGGAUGCAAACGGGGAAUUGCACGGGAAAUCCGAGGGGAAUCCUCCUGGGGCGAGCGAUCGCCUGGACCUGGCGCUCCCCGCCACAUCCGCACCGCGUCCCGCCGGGACCGCCCCCCGCCGACCCUCCCUGCAGCGCGCCCAAUCCCUCCGCGAACGCGACCCCGACGCGCUGGAAUCCCGCCUCCCCCUGGCGGAGCUGAAGAGCAUCCUAAAACGCUCCCGCUGCCUGUCGGAAUGCCCGGUGGAGCCGCGGGACGUGCGGGAAGCCUCCCCGGACGAAUUCUGGUACGAGUUCCGCUCGGUGGAGGAACUGUACGAGGACGGCUGGCGGAAGCGGGUCAGUUUCAGCGAGAAGAUCACGCUGAACAGUUUCCGCCCGGGGACGUGUAUCCUGCAGCAGAAACAGAAGGCGCAGCGCAAACGGGAGAAGCGGCAGAAUAAGGAGCGCCGCCGGACGGCCAGUGAGAGUGAUGCGGCGGAAAUCGCCGAUUUGACGAAUACGAUGAGCGAUCUGCGCGCCGCCCGGCACAACGACUCGGAUUCGGGUCUGGAGACGGACGGCAGUCCCACGCUGGAGGUCGGUACAUGGGCACUUUUAGAUGUGGCCGAGACGGAGGAGGAAGUCUGGGACGAAUCCGCCGCCACCGACGCGCCCCUGUCCAAAUCGAAAAAGAAGCGCAACCGUCGCAACCGCAAGGGGAAAAGCGAAUAAAAAUUAUCUCAGCUAUUUUCCGUCCGGUGUUUCGCCGUGGGUGUGUCAGCACAAGAAAAUCUGCAUUGCUUUCAUUGUACAUUUUGUUCUUUAGAGAGAGAAAAUUUCCGAUAAAAAAUUCAGUAUUAUAUUUUACAAAAAUUGCCCGUUAAAGAUUGCACAGUGCGUUGUCGGCAUUUUUAUCCUGCAUGUUGUUGUUCGGAAAAAGUUAAUAUUUGACUUAUUUGUUGCAUGAUUUCCGGUUAAUUUGGCAGCGUCUGACGUUCUUUUCGGGGUAAUGUUUUCCUCAUUUUUAUGGAAGUUUUUUUGUUAAUAAUAGUAAGCAAAUUAUCGUUGUCAGCGUGGUUAUGCGAUGGAGUCUCCUGUACACAGAAACAGUAAUAAAUUGCGAAUUAAUAAAA